UCAUCUUGUAAAACUGACAAUUCUUAAAAAGAGUUCAGAGAUUCAAUUAUUGUAUGAAACACCCCAGGUAAUUUGGUUAAAUGCUUUUGCAAAAUAACCUCCCUUUUAGGCUCUAUGUAACGUCAUCUGACUUUAACAACUAGAAAAAUUAUUUAUUCAAAUGGCAGCUUGCUUACUUUGAUGACAUUGAUAUAAAAUUGUUACAUGCCUAAAGCCAGAAUGGCUCCACCCAAAGUUUCUACAAAAUCUUAUUUAUCAUAAUGAAGACCAUAAUGACAUCCUCAUUAUUAAGUACAAUAUAUAUUUAAAAACAAAGCUCAUACUUCCUAUCCUCUUAGAAAUGGCAUUGAUAAUAUUCUUUAUAAUAUUGAUAAUAUUAUUGAUAAUGAAUUAUGGAUUGGAACGGUCUAGAGAAGAAUAAAAGCAGCCCCUGAGUGGAGUAGCUUGGACUUCUCAAAGAUGCUAUUUGCCAUUCAUAUCAAGCCUGAACAAAUAUUUGGGCUAGUUUUUUAUGUCAAAACCAAAGGGGACGGCUUAGUAAAGACAUUGUCUGUUGCUUCGAAUAAGGCAGGCUGAGGAGAUGUACAUCAUUUUGCUCAUACACUGAACUCCCCUCCCUUUCGUUCCUGCUUUUCUCCUGCUUGGAGCUGACUCCUCCUUCCUGCAGCUCCGAGGAUCACAGGCUGAUUGAAGAACACAGCUGUUCUGAUGGGGAGCUGUGCUCAGUGACUGACUCUUUCUCUCCCUCUCUCUCUCUCUUUCUUUCUCUCUCUCUCUCUCUCCCAAUAUCUCUCCAUCUCUCUCUGAACCGGCAAAGCUGAAAACUACCUGAUAAUCUCUCUGCCUUUGAAUCCAGCUCUGGAACCAAAUGCAUCAUUUUACUGCUCUUAAAAAGUGAACAGAGUUUGAUUACCUCAAGCCAAAGCUGCUUUGCUCCAUAAGAAGGACGCAAAAGGACCCAGACAUCAUUGUUUUUAAUCUACUUGAGGAGCUUUUGCCUUCAUGCCUGAAACUUGACAGUUUCAGGAGGGAGUUUUGGGUUUGUUUGUUUUUAAUUGAAAUGUUGAAAAGUUUCUUAUUGAUGCUUUAAGUGGAAUCCAGUAUGGGUUGGAUUUAAAAUAUGGGUUGAGUAAGAUUUAAAGGAGACUUAUCUGACCACUUUCUACUGGACGGAUGGGGAAAUACCUUGAGAGAAACUUGGUAGGAGAAAAUGAGCUAAUUUGCAACUAAUAACCAUGCUUAAUUUUGAGAUUAUCUACAGACUCAUUGAAAAAGAAAUUAAAUAUUGACAAAAGAUAAUGUCUGUAUUUCUCAGUAAUUUAACAAAUGACUCUAGCUUGUGGAAAGAAAAUCAUAAUUCGACGGAUCUUUUAAAUCCACCAGGAACCGUGAAUAUCUAUCUUUUUUGCCUGACAUGCUUAAUGACUUUGGCAGCCCUGGCAGGCAGCAUUUAUUCAUUAGUUUCCCUGCUGAAAAUGCAAAACAGAACUGUUGUGUCCAUGCUUGUGGCUUCCUGGUCUGGGGAUGAUCUCAUGAGCGUCUUGUCGGUGACCAUCUUCAUGUUUUUGCAGUGGCCAAACGAGCUCCCUAACUACUUCCAGUCUCUGUGCACCACUUCUGCCUUACUAUAUUUAUGCCAGGGCCUCUCGAGCAACUUGAAGGCGACUCUCCUAGUCUCCUACAACUUUUACACGAUGCACAGGGCUGUGGGGAGCCAGGCAGCCACCAGAAGAUCCGGCCAGGUGCUCUGCGUGGCGCUGACAGUGUGGGCAGCCAGUCUGCUGCUCUCUGCUCUCCCUUUGUGUGGCUGGGGUGCCUUCGUGCGCACGCCUUGGGGCUGCUUGGCCGACUGCUCCAGCUCCUACGUGCUGUUCCUCUUCGCUGUGUACACUUCAGCCUUCGGACUCCUCGCCUGCCUCUCAGUCCCGCUCACUCACCAGUUGCUGUGUUCGGAGGAGCCGCCGAGACUCCACGCCAACUACCAGGAAAUUUCCCGCGGAGCUUCUACUCCAGUGACCCCUCCAACUGGGGGGAGAGUGCUUUUCCUGUCCCCAGAUGAUGCUCCGGGGCCGACCCUGCGGUGCUCUAGGGGAUGCUUCCCGAGCUCGGACACCGUGUUUGGACCGGGUCCGCCCGCGAGGGCAGGGCCAGGACAGGGGCCGGGGCGCUGUGCUGCCGCUAUGGCUGGAGUCUGCAGGCGUGAGAAUCGGGGAAUUCUGUAUGGAACCAGGAGCUUCACCGUGAGCAUAGCGCAGAAGCGCUUCUCUUUGAUCCUAGCGCUGACAAAAGUCAUCCUUUGGCUGCCCAUGAUGAUCCACAUGGUGGUCCAGCACGUCCUGGGGUUUCAGAGCCUUCCCUUUGAGACACUCAGCUUUUUGCUAACCCUCCUAGCCACUACUGUAACUCCAGUGUUUGUCUUGUCCAAACACUGGACCCACUUGCCCUGUGGCUGCAUCAUCAACUGCAAGCAGAACACAUAUGCAGUGGCGUCCGACGGGAAAAAACUCAAGAGGAGAUGCUUUGAAUUCAAUCUAUCAUUCCAACAGAGUUAUGGAAUUUAUAAAAUAGCACAUGAAGAUUACUAUGAUGAUGAUGAAUAUUCUACAUCCUAUCACAACCUCAUGACCUAUGAGUGCAAAACCACAAAAGACUCUCAGAGAGACACUCAGGAUAUCUUCAGUGCCAUAAAAGUGGAAAUCAGCACCACACCCUCUCUGGACAGCUCCACACUAAGUGGCAUCAACAAAUGCACAAACACCGAUAUUACAGAGACUAAGCAGGAUUCCCACAAUGAAAAGGGUGUUGAUCCACUGCUUUUUGAAAAAACAGAAGGUGAUAUUAAACAUGAUGAAACCACCUUUUUGGAAGGGCCAGAAAGAAGACUUUCUCAUGAAGACAGUCAGAAACCAGAUCUUUCAGACUGGGAAUGGUGUAGGAGUAAAUCAGAAAGAACACCUCGCCAGCGUUGUGGUGGUGCCCUGGCCAUUCCCUUGUGUGCAUUCCAGGGGACUGUGUCUCUCCAAGCCCCAACCGGGAAAACCCUCUCUCUUUCUACCUACGAGGUGAGUGCAGAAGGACAAAAAAUAACCCCAGCCUCUAAGAAAAUAGAAGUCUAUCGAUCCAAGAGUGUUGGCCAUGAACCAAACUCGGAAGAUUCUCCUUCCACGUUUGCGGACACCAGUGUGAAAAUACACUUGGAGGUUCUUGAAAUUUGUGAUAAUGAAGAGGCCUUGGACACUGUGUCCAUCAUUAGCAACAUCAGCCAGUCCUCCACACAGCAAUCCUGAUGGCGAUAUCAACAUCUCCAUUCCAGACACCGUUGAAGCACACAGGCAGAACAGUAAAAGGCAGCACCAAGAGAGGGAUGGCUACCAGGAGGAAAUCCAGUUGUUAAACAAAGCUUACAGGAAAAGAGAAGAAGAAAGCAAGGGUGACUAGUGAUCCAUGGGCCUAAUGAAGGAUCUGUAACUUCACAUUGCUACACUAACACCUUUGUUCUGACGCUAUUAGAUUUCUAUUUUUAUUUGUUGGUUUACCUAUGCUUUACAGACUUAAUAGCUAAUUAUUUUUAGUGCAGACAGCUGAAACCAGUGCGAACACUUAAGUGCUUUUGACAUGUUACUUAUAGAUCACACACUGUGGUAAUUAAAAGAUUUUGUUUCUUAUCCAAUUUCUAAAAAUCUUUUUCUAAAUCUAAUCUUGGUCUAGUAUACUAAUGUUUUUGCCUAUGUUUGUCAACCUUAGAGUAAACAGAAAAUUGUAUAGACUCAAUGAAUAUACCACUUCCCAUGCACGUGUUUCUACACAUAAUGUUGGCCUUUAUUGCAAGAUGGGAAAAUGGCAUUUGGGAAUGAAAGAAACGUAGCUAAACUCUGAGUUGUAUUUGAAGAGGUCUGCCGAAAUGUGGCUAGCAAAGCAAGCCUAUUAAACGUACUGCUUUAGCUUUUCACUGAUGUCUAGGAAAUAUAUUCCUGUGUAAAAUGGCAAUUAGCUUCCAACUUUGAAACAUGCAUGUCCCUGGUCUGUAAAUAGCUGUUCCCUUCAUUUCUAUAAAAUACUAGUUGUUUACUGAAUUUCCCUCUUAAAUAUGAGUGUUUUCCUUUCAUCUUUUCAGUAUGUCAAGACUGCCCUUAAAACAAAUGUGUUGUAUGUUACAAGUAGAAUCAGAAGUAGCUCUUACUUCAGACAUUAUUGGAAAAGGUUGUAAAUAUGUACUUUUCAUUUCUAGAAUUAUUUUGUUUAUUUGAACAGGAAUUGGGGAAAAAAACACUGCAAAACUGAGUUCUAUGAGCGGCAUCCAAGUAGAGUAACAAACUUCUGGGCAGAACAGAGGAAAAUCCUCUAAAUCCAAACAAAAGUUUGUUUCUAAAGCACAGAUUUGGCAAACUUUCUUAGCCAUUCUUGAAGCAUAGAAGAUUUUAGUUCACAUGUUAUCACAAAUUUAGGUGCUUUUUCAUUUCCUUCCCAAAGAUGUGUAUCUCAAGCAAGGAAACAAUUCAAUA